ACCCCUAGAAUGUGUAGGCAGCUGGGCGGAGCCUAAGCUGAGUCCUCUCCAGUGAAGUCAGCUGAUGUAGCAAGCCUGGUGGAGGAAGAGCUUCCUGUGUCUAAAGAUGGAUUUUAAAAUUGAACACACUUGGGAUGGUUCUCCAGUGACGCAUGAACCAGUGUUUGUCAGGCUGAACCCAGGUGAUGGAGGAGUGAUGUUGAAAGUCAGUGCUCCAUUUUUCAAUGAUCCUCCAGCCCCGCUUGGAGAACCAGGAAAGCCUUUCAAGGGACUGUGGGAUUAUGAAGUUGUAGAAGCAUUUUUCUUGAAUGACAUAACUGAACAGUACUUAGAAGUUGAACUUUGCCCCCAUGGACACCAUUUGGUGCUUUUAUUAUCUGGAAGAAGAAAUGUGUGGAAACAAGAACUUGCUCUAUCAUUCGAAGUGUCCAGAGGAGAGACAAAAUGGGAAGGCAGAGCUUAUCUUCCUUGGAGUUAUUUUCCACCAAAUGUGACAAAAUUCAAUUCAUUUGCAAUUCAUGGAUCUAAAGAUAAAAGAAUCUAUGCAGCUCUUUACCCUGUACCUCAGCAUGAACUGCAACCAGGACAAAAACCUGAUUUCCACCGUCUGGAAUACUUCAAGCCUUUCAGUUUUAACACACUGCUUGGAGAAGAAUGGAAACAACCAGAAUCUGACCUGUGGCUAACAGAGAAACCUGAUGUAUAAGAGUAUAGUAGAUGACCAAAUCAAUCAUUUCUUCUCUAUACAUUUUAAGGUAAAUCAUCCUAUAUAAUAAAAGCGUAGUAUGCAAAUUGUCCCCUCGACAGGGAGUUGUCUGGGAGUUCGACCAGGGGGUGGGGCCAGCCAGCGGAAGGGAGGGAGGCCUUGGCUGGCAGCCAGCAGCCGCUAGGGACCCUACCAGUGCAUAAAUUUCGUGCACUGGGCCUCUAGUAAUAAAUAUAAUCUCUUUCAAGUAUAAUGUGCAAACAUUUCAACAAUAAGUAUUUUCAUAAAAGUCAAUGAAAAUAUAGUAUUUCUCUGAAAAAUUUUGUAUAAAUUAACAAGAAAAUGGAAAGUUUGUAGAUUAUUAUAUCUAUAAAGUUAAAAUUUUUCUUACAGUCAUUUAGUCCAGGAGCCACAGUGUCAGUAAAUUCUGUCAUCUGCUUCACAUCAUCCUUACACUAAAUAUCCCUGACUCAGUCAAUCAAAUCAUUAUUUCUCUUCUCACUUCCCUAAGUCUUAGCUAGCCUGAGAUAGGAAAAUCUUAUUUUCACAUUUUUGAACUCCACGUACAUUAAUUCUUUACUCAGAAUCUUUUGUUCAUUCUUGAACUGGGUAGAAAACAAGGAUAUAUUUCAGUCGAACAGGAAACCCACAUCUGUUAAGGCAUCAUUAAGAUAUAUGUGGUAUUUAAAUUAGCUAUUUUUCCUGUCUUAUGACUAUUUUUACUUUGUAGAAGAAAUGGAAUUCAGAUAACAGCUUCUGCUUUUAUUUAUAAAGAAAUGCCAUUUUCUGAAUGCUAGUAAACAAUGUGUUGAAUGUACUCAUUUUGUAAACAUCAAAACAUCAUGGUCUACAAUUUUUAAAAUUUCUGUUAUAACAUAUUUCAGAGCGAUAAGCAAUCUAGUAAAUCAUUUAUGAACUUCUCUACCUGUUCCUUCUCCAGCAUUCUAAACUUAAAUAAUUAGCAGUUUUGCAGAAGAAACUUUAAAAAGAGAAAUCUUUAUUGUUGAAAGUAUUACAUAUAUCCCCUUCUUCCCCCCAUUGACCCCUUCUAAUCCAACCCUGCUCCCCACCCCAGGCCUUCACUACACUAUUGUCAGUGUCUGUGGGUUAUGAAUAUAUGCAUACAAGUUCUUUGGUUGAUCUCUAGAAACUAUUACUUAUGCAGGUACCUAGUUCCUACCCACUACAUACGUUCUCCUGUUCUUUACUGACAGAACAUUAAUUUUUAGGGGCUCUACUCAAAAACUACAUUUUCCCAGAUGCCUUUGCAGAUAUAAAUGACUCUAUAAAACAGUUCACAUCAAUGAGAUAUGAGUAUAUAGUAUCUGGUGGGGCUUAAAGAAAAGAUGCUUUAAAGAUGAAAGACUCAGCUGCCAUACACAUUUUGUCCUUCGCCCUCCCCUUCCUUUUUCUUGAGUUGCAGAAUGAAUCCCUGAGGUAACACACUAGCUUCAUUGUGUCAGCAAGGAGCCAACCCAGGGAUAGGUAGUUGAGUAGAAAGACAAAGGAGCCUGGUUUCUGAACUAUGCAGUAGAGUAAUCUAUCUGGACUGUCCAGCUAUAUAGGAGAGAAUAAAUGUUUAAUUUGUUUUCCCCAAAGUGAUUUAUUGAUUCAAUGCAAUCCAAGUUUAAAAUCCUAGGAGGCUUUUUGGGGCUAGAAAUUGACAAGAUGAUUCAAAUUUUGUGUGGAAAUGCCAAAACAGUUUUGAAACACAAUGAAGUUGGAAGACAUAUACUAACUGAAUCAAGACUUGUUACUAAUCUUCAGUAGUGAAGACAGUAUGACCUUGGCAUAAAUUUAGACAAAUAUCAAUGGAACAGAAUAGAGAAACCAGGAAGAGAACUAUGUAGAGUCAGUUGACUUGUGACAAAGGUGCCAAUGCAUUUAAGAGGGAAAGGAUAGUCUUUUCAGCAAAUGGUGUUGGAAUAACUGGGAAAAAUAUGAAAAAAAAAAUGAACCUUGACCUCUAACAUACUCCAAAAGAAAAAAAAAAAUGAACCUAAAUGUAACUGGUAAAAAAAAAAU